GAAUUUAAAAAUUAAAAAAUAAUAUAUAUUCCCUAAGCAUUGGAGAAUUUCUAAAAUAUAAAAUAUCCUCAGUAUGAAAACUUAAACGGACAAAUCGAUUCUUGUAUCUUACAUCAAUCAAUUACCCACUGCUUCACGUAUGUAUUAAUGGAAAUUUAAUUAAAUUCUAAGAAUUUCCAGAGCUUCAACCACCAGGCCACUAGCAAUUAAUGUGAACUGAGAUUCUGUAAUAUCAACAAUUUUAUUUAUUUUAUAAUGAAGUAAGGCUUCCCAUUACAGCAAGAAACAUUUAAUCUUAAUAUUUAAUUUAAUUUUCAAAUCUAAACAGGAAUUUGCAAGAUUAUAUAAACGGAUUCAUCAUUCCAUCUAGUCUGCCAAAAUAAACAGAAAUGGAAGAAGAAAGAGUCAAGAUUUCCAAGAAAUGGCUUCAACAGUUAUCAAAGGGCAAUGGGAGUCCAAUUGAUGGCUUAACUUCUGACAGCUUGAAAGUUGUGCAGGCACAGAAAGGCCUUAUACGUUGCCGUUUGGUUGUUUCAGAGCGCCAAGCAGAUGGUGAUGGAAAUUGGCAUGUGGGAGCUAUGGCAACUCUGGUUGACAAUAUUGCAGGAGCUACAGUCCAUUCUUUUGCUGGCCAAAUUAGACCUACUCUUAAUUUCAAUAUGUCUUAUUACUCUUCCGCCAAAAUUCAUGAGGAAGUAGAGAUAGAGGCAAAGAUAGUGGCAGAGAAAGGAAAGCUAGCAGCAGUGAUGGUAGAGAUAAAGAAGACUGAUAAUGGAGACCUAAUUGCUUCAGCGAAACAAUGGACUGCUUCUAAUAACAAUGCAGGCAGAGAAAGUAAGCUUUGGACGGCUUUAAAUUUUACUAAUAAUAAGAAAAACCCAAAACCUAAGCUUUGAGCUUCUAAUUAAUUAAAUUUAAUCACGCCAAUUAAUCUCACCCUUCACUGUAUAGAUUUUAAUUAGUUUGGUAGCUCAUUGGACUUUAUUUUUUCAUGGAAAAUAAUUUUUAAUUUUUUAUCGUUGUACCGUCAGUUGUA